AUGUAUUUAAAAUUCAAUGUUAUAAGUUUGAUUUUAUUGUAUUCAACUGUUGUUUUUGUUGUUUUCGGAGAUUUGUCACGUUUAGGUACUUUGGCAAAAGAACAACAAGAGCAACAAGAGCAACAACAACAACAACACAAUAUUAUAGUUAAUAAUAAUGAAUAUGAUCAAUCACCAUUACAAUCUAUGUUAUAUUCACAAAAUAUAUUAGAUGCUCAACCACUAUUCACAACUGCUUCAAAUGAAACACAAACAAUCACCUAUUCAAAAUUUACAUUCAAACAUUUCUUAAUUAUCUUGGUCGUAUUCGGUGCAUUGUUGUUCUUUUCAUUCUCAAUCAUUCAAGUUAGAAUUAAACUAAAGAAUAAUAUGGUUGAAAGAAUACCAAGAAAGAUUAUGCCAUUCUUAAGACCUGGUGAUUUAUCAAAUAAACAAAGAACAGUGAUUCUAAAUGAAAUUGUGAAAUCUAAACAAACACAGGCACAAAUCAAACCACAGAUUGGAGAUCAUCCUAUCGGUCAUUUGGGAUGGGGAUCGCCAGGUUCAGAGUAUGCAAAAGUUCACUUUAAAACAUCGAUAUCCAAAUCUUGGAUUAUUUUGGAGCGCGCGGCAAUUCAUUUCGAUCCAGAGUUGAAGCGUGAACCAAAGAUGUGUAUCAGAGACUAUGUCAAUCUGUUACUGGAGCGAUGUCCACAGAUGAACAAAUCACUGGCAAAGCUAUAUGUCGAUACCUACGAGAAAGCAAGAUUCUCCGAAUUGGAGUUCACUCUAGACGAAUACACUCAUUUCAUGUCGAAAUUCUUUGUACUAUUACAAGACUUGGAGAAAGAUACAUCGAAAUUGGUAUCUCCAUCAUUCUAG